AGGACGGCGGUCACUAUUGAAUUGUGAUUCCAAAAUUGGGUUGAAGAGGUCGUCUUUUUAUCUCCUCAGUAGUUCCUUUCGUGACAACAUUGGGUCCUACCGAACUGUAAUGAUGUCAUUCACCAUAUGCCAGGAAAGGUACAUGACCAGAAAACUGUUGGACCAAGACUUUUUAACAGAUUGCUCCUGCAUUUUUUGUGUUGCUAUUUCUGAGGCUUUUUAUUACACGUUUCAUCUUGCCACGCACCACAAAUAAAGCAGAAGCAAGAUGAUAUUCUUGGGGAUAUUCAGCAUGUUGAUUCAGUAAAUGGAAUUUCUUAUAGUCCAAAUGCAGAUGAUGUCUCGCACUCUGAAUCUAUGCACAGAGUGGACAUGACAGCUACCGCCACUUCAGCUGAUGCUACUGAAACUGAUGGUUCCAUGUGUGCAAAAUCUCCUGAUUCCAUUGAUGAGUCAAGGAAUGGUGGGAGUGAUGCUUCAAACAGUGGAUCCCCAUUGUUCCAGCUGAGGAAGGAUGCUACAGUAUUUGUUUCACAGACCUUGCACAGAGGUCACAAGAAUCGUUGGCAACUAACAAGAAGCCGCGUAUCAGUGUUGCUUUCCUCUGCUGCUGUUUGUUCAUUGAGCAUCCAUCAAUUUUUGAGAAAUUAUGAAGAUCUGAAUGUCUUCAUCUUGGAUGGGGAAGCUUUUUGUGGUUCUGAAGCAGUUGAGUUCAGGCAGAAAGUGAAGGCCGUUUGUGGAAACUAUUUUGCUGCUUUUCAUCGGCAAAAUAUAUAUGCACUAAAAAGGGUUUUGGAAAAGGAGAAUUGGUUACAACUGCCACCAGAAACAAUACAAGUUGUAAGUUUUGCUGGGCUUGUCGGUGAUGGAGCAGCCCUGAUUGUUCCAUCUGACCGUAACUCUCCUAAUAAAAGAGUCCUACGAUCCAGUGAGCCAGCAGAUUUAAUUGAAACGGGCAAGAGUGGAUUUUCAUACUGGCUUAAAAGUGGUAACCCAAUUUUGGUGAAACUAAGUGCCAAAGAGCACAAUGGUUCCUUCUCACCUAAAGGGUCAGACUCUGGAGAACCUAGUGGAAUAAAUAAUGAGAAUCUUCACACUGAUAUGUUUCAGCUGAAAAACAAUGAUGCUAGUCAUGGAAAUGGAACUAAUACAAUGUUCUAAAAAGCACUCGGCGGUAGGCGGGCGGCCGACCACCUUCAAGCUUCGAGACCUUUUAAUCGGCCAUUAAUCGCCUUUUAGCAAUUAGUCGGGUUUUUUUUUUUUAAAUAUUCUACAACCUCCCUACCAUCAAUAAUCACAGUUUUUCUAGUUGAUGUGAUAUAUUCUCUACCAUCAAUACUUACUAGUUACUACACGUCUACCGGUCUACACGGCUACGGCCUACACCAAACGGUCCAAACCAUAAAUUUACAAUACUACACUACUCUGCUACUCAGACUCAAGUGUUAAAUUUUGUAAAAAAAAAU